AUGGAGGCGUUUCUAUCGACGCCUUCAUGUGUUUCAAGCAAUAAUUUAUUUUUUGUAUACACGGGGGAACUUAAUACUCUCGGAGAUGCUAAUGAAUUCCCAGGAAUAUAUACACAGCUUGAUUUCUUGACACCAGAAGAAGAGGCAAUCUUAAUUAAUGGCAUUGAUGAAAUGCCAUGGGAUUUAUCUCAGAGUGGCCGUAGAAAGCAGAAUUUUGGACCAAAGUGUAAUUUUAAGAAGAAGCGUCUGCAGUUGAGUGAGUUUAAUGGUUUCCCAGAAUUCACAAAGUUUGUGCAAGAGCAUUUUGAGACUGUACCAUUAUUAUCACUGUAUAAAACAAUUGAACAGUGCUCCUUGGAAUAUGAUCCAAUACGUGGUGCAUCAGCUGAUACUCAUAUUCAUGACUGCUGGAUAUGGGGUGAGCGUAUUGUUACUGUUAAUCUUCUGUCAGACAGUAUGUUGACAUUUACAAAAUACAGAGAUGAUAUUAAGCGAUAUAAUUUGUGCUGCGCAUUUGAGUAUCGUCCAGUUGUCCUUGGUCCUCUAGACUGUUGUGAACAAGAAGAUUGUGUAGUUCGUGUACCCAUGCCAAGGCGAUCUCUCUUGGUGAUUUAUGGUCUAGCACUGUAUGGUUGGGAACACUGUGUUUUACGUGAAGACAUUUCAGAAAGAAGGGUGUGUAUUGCUUAUCGGGAGUUCACUGCACCAUAUCUUAAAGGUGGGCGACAUGUAGAGAAGGGGAGUGAAAUUUUGAAUGCUGCCAACAAUUUCUGGAACCAUAGGAUAAUGUCACAGGAAUCAUGA